AUGGAUAUCCGUAAUCCCCCUUUGUCUCUCCCCUUCCUAGUAUCAACCUUAAUGACUAUCAUAAUAAAUCUGCAGAUUUUGCCCUGUUUUUCCACCACUUCCUUCGUGUUCGGUGACUCCUUGGUCGAUGCCGGCAACAACAACUACUUGGUUUCCCUCUCCAGAGCAGACUUCCCUCCCAACGGCAUCGAUUUCCCUCCCAACGGCCGCCCCACCGGACGAUUCACCAAUGGCCGAACCAUUGCCGACAUCGUUGGUGAAGGACUUGGAGUGAAGCCGUUUCCUCCACCGUAUUUCGCUCCUAAUGCAGAACCCAAUGCUGUUCAGAGUGGACUUAAUUAUGCCUCGGGGGCUUCCGGCAUUUUGGAUGAAACAGGCAGUUUGUUUAUUGGUAGGGUUCCAUUGAGGCAGCAAAUCAGCAAUUUUGAGCAAAGUAGAAGACACAUGGUGAAGGUGAUGGGAGAAAGAAACACAAGCAAGUUCUUGAAAGAAGCAAUCUUCUCCGUCACAAUUGGCGCCAAUGAUGUGCUCAAUUAUAUCCAACCAUUAAUUCAUAUUCCCUUCUUGCAUGAUCAUCCCACCGUCUCCCCAUCCAUAUUCCAAGACUUUCUAAUCUCUAACUUGACCACGCACCUUAAGCGAUUGCAUGGACUAGGAGGGAGAAAAUUUGUCAUAGUGGAUAUUGGACCUCUUGGAUGCAUACCAUUUGUUCGUGCCAUAAAAUUUGUACCCAAAGGAAAAUGUUCUGUGGAAGUGAACACACUAAUUAGGGGAUACAAUUCCAAACUAAAGGCAGAGAUUCAUCGCUUGAACAGAGAAAUAGGACCCAAAGCAAUCUUCGUUUAUGCAAAUACAUACGAUGCUUUCAGACAUAUCAUUUUAAACUAUCGUUACUUUGGAUUUGAGAAUAAUGAUGAUCCAUGUUGUGGAGGAUACGUUCCUCCAUUCCUAUGCCGACUAGGGAACAACGAAAACGUGAGCUCUGUUAUGUGCAAUGAACGAGGAAAGUAUGUGUUUUGGGACGCUUAUCACCCUUCAGAGGCUACAAAUCUAAUACUAUCUGAGAAACUACUGAACGGUGAUAUAACAGUAGCUUGGCCUAUGAAUCUUAGUCAACUUCAUCAUUAUAAGUUGUAG